AUGUUUCCAUUAAAAACUCUCAAGAGAUUUCUCACAAAACAUUUGUUGUCUCAAUCUAUCAACAAAAUUGUUCCUUCUUAUUUCAAGAUUUCCAUAAAAUGCCUUCAGCAAUCCAAACCCCAAAAUUUCACCAAAUACUUGACCAGAAAAUCAAGAAACACAAAACCCAAAUCACCAUCAUCAAAUGUAACAGAACCCCAAAAAAAUUACAUGAGAAGCAUUAUCUCAAACAUAUACAAAAUCUUGAAAUACUCAACAUGGGACUCGGCACAAGAAGAGCUAACGAAACUAAAUAUCAAAUGGGAUUCUUUUACAGUCAAUCAAGUACUUAAAACUCAUCCACCUAUGGAAAAGGCUUGGCUUUUUUUCAACUGGGCUUCAAAGUUGAAAGGGUUUAAACAUGACCAGUUUACUUACACAACUAUGCUUGAUAUUUUUGGAGAAGCUGGAAGGAUUGAGUCAAUGAAGUAUGUGUUCAAGAAAAUGCAAGAAAUGGGGUUAAAGAUUGAUGUUGUUACAUAUACUUCAAUCUUGAAUUGGGUUUCAAAGUCUGGUGAUGUUGAUGGAGCAGUGGAAAUUUGGAAAGUAAUGAGAGGAAAUAGUUGUUUUCCUACUGUUGUUUCCUACACAGCUUAUAUGAAGGUCUUGUUUGAUAAUAAGAGAGUGAAAGAGGGUAUUGAUGUGUAUAAGGAGAUGCUUGAAUCUGGGAUUUCUCCAAAUUGUCAUACAUAUACUGUUUUAAUGGAGCAUCUUGUUGUUUCUGGAAAAUACCAAGAAGCCCUUGAGAUUUUUAGCAAAAUGCAAGUAGUGGUACAACCUGAUAAAGCUGCAUGCAAUAUUUUGGUUGAGAGAUGUUGCAAAGCAGGGGAGACAACGACAAUGACCCCCAUUCUUCAGUAUAUGAAGCAAAAUCAUCUUGUUCUUCGUUACCCUAUAUUUAUGGAAGCUCUCAGAACUCUAAAAGUUGCUGGUGAGAGUGAUAUUCUCCUCAGGCAAGUUAAUCCUCAUAUUGAUACGGAAUCAAUUGGUAAUGUGAAUACCUUUGAGACUAUGACAAAUGUUGCUGAUGAGGCUUUAGAUAAAGGGCUUGUGCUGAUGCUCUUGAGAAAGCAAAAUCUCGGAGCUGCUGACCAUUUGCUUGCUGCUAUAAUGGAUAAGAAUAUACUAUUGGAUUCUUGGAUUGUUGCAAACAUAAUUGAAGUAAACUGUGAUAGCUGCAGACCUGAUGGUGCUUUGUUGGCCUUUGAAUACAGCAUACAAAUGGGUAUACAACUUGAGAGAACAUCGUAUCUUGCUUUGAUAGGCAUGUUGAUAAGAUCAGAGACAUUUCCGAAGGUGGUGGACAUUGUUGAAAAAAUGGCUCUGGCUGGGCAUUCUCUUGGAGUGUAUCUAUCUGCACUCUUAAUUUAUAGGCUUGGGCGUGCUAGAAGGCCUUCUUGUGCUAUACAGAUUUUUGAUUUAUUGCCUGAAGACCAGAAGUGCACUGCUACUUAUACUGCUUUGGUGAGUGUAUAUUUCUCUGCUGGUAGUCCAGAACAAGCACUUCAGACUUAUGAAAACAUGAAAAGGGAAGGGAUUCAUCCCUCUCUAGGUACUUACAAUGUUCUAUUAGCUGGUCUAGAAAAAAGUGGCAGAAUUAGUGAAGCAGAAACAUAUAGGAAGGGAAAGAAGGGACUGAUGAUUAAUAAUUAUUGUCAGAAUAGUGUCCCUAUGGGGCAAAAGAUCUGUAACCUUCUGUUUGCCAGCCAUUUGGUAUCUUGA